GCAAUUUGAAGGCAACGUCAGAACUGAGCGAGAGAAAGAAGGGAAGGGAGAGAAAGAGGAAAAAAAUGGGAGGGAGAGCAGGAUCUAACUUGGAUAUUUGAGAUUUGAGAACUGGGAUUACUGGAUACUGUAGAAAAAGGUUGCAGUUGGAGCCUAUUUUAGUGCAGUCAUCUCCGAGACACAAGAUCAUCAUGGAAUCCUCCACUACAUCUUCACCUGGAAGCAAUGGCAGUGGUGAGGCAGCAUUGAUCCGGAAGCAGAAACUGGAAUUCCAGCGCCGUAUCAUUGAAAAGAAGCAACGCCGAAAGCGCCAGGAGCCACUUAUGGUUCAGGCCAAUACAGACACCAAAGUGAAGGGGUGCCGGGGGAGGCAGAAAGCUGAGGAACGCAUCCCACUCAUGGAGUCUUGCAGUGAGCACAGCCUGGGGAAUAGUACAAACAACCCUUUUCUUGUGGAGUCCGUUCCAGAGGCUCACCUUGGUGUCCAUAUGUGGGGUAGCUCUAUCCAGAUGAGCCGGUCACACAGUGGCCAAGGGGAAAGCCAAGCAGCUGGGCCAGAUUUUUUUGAUGAAGCAGAGCUGGAGGUGGCCAUUUUGGAAGAAACCCAGCCUAUCAACAAGAAUGAAUCCAUUCCCAAGAAUGGCUGGCAGGUCAAAAAAAGAGAAGGACGACCAAGUACUAAACGGCAAGGCCAGACUGCCAGAUCAAAGAGAGAAAGUUUAUCCCCGAGACAUGACAUUCCAUCUCCCAUGGUGGGUAUGGAAGAUGAGGUUCCUGAGCAUGUAUCCCAGGCAACCAAAUCAAAAAAGGAAAGGUUAACCCUAGUACAGAAGGUUCCAUCAGUCGUCAUGGAUAUGGAAGUUUUGAAAAAUGAUCUUCCCAAAGAAGUCCCAAAGUCUACAGAGUCCAAAAAAGCCAUUGGGGAUAUACAUAACAUUGAUAUGCUCCAAAGCAACUCUGAAAGUGAGGGGGAAUACUCCCAGGAGCUGACCGUACCUCCUUCACCUAUGAAGAAGCCCCGUGAGUGGAUGCUAAGACACAGAGGGUCUCUCACUAAUGGAAGGAGGAGUCCGAGUGAAGAAGAGGAAGAAAAUGAUAAUGAUGAUGAUGACGAAGACUUCAAGGAUGACGAUCAAGACAUUCUCAGGAGUGUCAUGUACAUUCAAGAAGAAAUUGACUUACCUGCGUCUCCAAACGAGGAAUCAAGCACUCCCUUGUCUCUCAAAGUGGAUGACAUCGAGGCAUUUGUUUUGCAACCUGCCCCUCAGGGCCACACAAUCCAGUGUCGCAUCACACGAGACCGGAAAGGGAUGGACAAGGGCAUCUUCCCCUUUUACUACUUGCACCUUGAGAUGGAAAAUGGGAAGAAGCGGUUCCUCAUGUCUGGAAGGAAGAGAAAAAAAAGCAAGACUUCAAAUUACCUUAUUUCUUUAGAUCCAAUUGAUCUGUCACGGGGUGGAGAAAACUUCAUUGGCAAAGUCAGAUCUAACAUGCUUGGGACCAAGUUCACUGUGUUUGACAAUGGAAUCAAUCCAGAAAAAAAACCUUUUGUUCCAGAAACUGCCCACCUACGGCAGGAGUUAGUUGCCAUUUGCUAUGAAACCAAUGUUUUGGGUUUCAGAGGUCCACGGAAAAUGACAGUGAUAAUUCCUGGAAUGAAUUCAGAGAAUGAGAGGAUCUGCAUCCAACCUAAAAAUGAACAUGAAACCUUACUGUUGCGAUACCAAAACCGGAAUAUGCAAAAUUUGAUCAAACUCCAAAACAAGGUGCCUGCUUGGAAUGAAGAGACCCAGUCAUACGUACUUAACUUCCAUGGACGGGUCACGCAGGCUUCUGUCAAGAACUUCCAAAUCAUCUCAGAAGACGAUCCUGACUACAUCGUGCUCCAGUUUGGCCGGGUGGCUUCUGAUGUCUUCACCAUGGAUUAUCGAUUCCCCCUCUGCGGGCUUCAGGCAUUUGCCAUCUGUCUGUCCAGUUUUGAUGGGAAGCUUGCUUGCGAGUAGAAAAGGCUAGGCCAGCUCAGUCAGAUUUUUUAUGCCCAAACCUUAUGGCUUUGCUCCAGAGGGCUUCCUGCUGCCUCGUAAAAUCAGACACCAAUCCUUACAUUGCCAGUAUUGCUCAUCUUUGUCCUUCCCAUUUUUAAAAAAAUGUUAGGCUGGAUUUCCACACGAUCUGUUACUGUCAAACUGGCAUACACUUUCCCAUUGCUCUUCCUCUUUUCCACUCCAACUAACUUUCCCUUCCAAGCUUUCAUCAUCAUUCCUAAAAUCUUUGAUUUCUCUUCCAUUUCCCAUUUUGAUUUUUCAUUCGCUUGGAUUUUCCACCCUAGCCAACCUGUUACCUCUUAUGCCACAUUGUCUUUGAACAUGGCUUACUCUUGUUCAGACUUGUCCUGCCCUCUCUUGUGCUCUCUACCUCUCCAAAAUGAAUUCAGGAACACCAACAGAAAACCAACCAUCUCAGAAGAUGUGGAAGAUAGCUCCAUUAUUGAACAAACACCUGCUAAUAAACAGCCAGUUCUGCCAGCUGAAUUGUUUCAGAUCAAAGGAAGGGCAGCCAAACACAUGGGAAGGAGCAGCUAUAUUGAAACCGUGGACAGAAGCUGCCACCCUGCACAUCUUCCCUUCUUUUAUCAAAUUGCAAAUAAAACUUACUCAGAGACCAAACUCCCUGUUGACUUCUUUCUGGGAAGGGAUAGAAUUAUUUGCAGAACCAUUUCUGAAAGCUGUAGAUUAAAUGAAAAGGGAAAUAUUCAAAAUUGCCUCUAGGUUUUUAGGACUCACAAUUACACUGAAAGAAUUAGGUAGAUUUCAUCAGUACAAACUUGUUCCCUUGUUUUCAGUGAAGCAUGCAGCUGGAUCUUACCCAAGAGUGAAUCGUGCUGCAUUUCCUGGAGCGGCUUUACUUAUUUCCUUAUUUGAUCUUUAUCCUGCCUUUAUUACUGUAUAAGUAAUUCAAGGGAACAAACAUGUCUAAUAUACCUUCCUCCUCCUAGUCCUUGACUUAUGACCAAAUUGAGCCCCAAAUUUCUGUUGUUAAAUGAAACAUUUGUUAAGUGAAUUUUACUCCAUUUUACAACCUUCCUUGCCUCAAAUGUUAAGUGAAUCACUACAACUGUUAAGUUAGUAACACAGUUGUUAAGUGAAUCCGGCUUCCCCAUUGACUUUGCUUGUCAGAAGGGGAUCACAUAAGCCUGGGACACUGCAGUUAUUAUAAAUAUGAGUCAGUUGCCAAGAGUCUGGAUUUUGAUCACGUGACCAAAGGAAUGCUGCAAUGGUCGUUAAGUGAAAAACAGUCAUAAGUCACCUUUUUCAGUGUUGUUGUAACUUUGAACCAUCACUAAAUGAACUGUUGUAAGGAUUUCCUGUAUUUUCCCCUUAAUAACAACCCUGUGAGAAAGUGGCUCCAAAGUCACCCAUCCGGCUUUCAUGCCUGACACGGGACUAAAACAUUUCCUGGUUUCUAAGUCAGCCUUUAAUCACUAGACCAAACUGGCUCUUUAAUUUAGUCCCAUGUAUGUAACCACAGUACCAUUGACACACACACACACACACACACACACGAAAAAACUAAGAAUGAUGGUUGAAUCCAAUAACUUGUUUAGACAUGUUUCUAGUUGUCAAGAAAAAAUUAAAGUAGGAUGAGAAAGCUGAUAAUUCUUAAAAGAGACCCAUUGCAUCAAUGGCUACCUUAUCCUAUUGAUGACAAUAGGAAUUUUUUAAGUAUGGUUCACCUGGCUGAUGCAUGACAUUAAACCUUAAGAAGGUUGAUUUGAUUUUUGGCUUAGUGUGUUGUCUGAAAUCAGCCACGGUGAACUAUGGUUUAUGAUACCUUGGUGUGUGAACCAGGGCAAUUGUGGUUUCUGAAAUUAAUGUGAAUCCAACCAUUGUUUGAACAAUUACUUUACAGCUUUAUGUUCUGUGGGUUCCUUCUCACCAACAGGGUUCACACAACACACAGCCAUUUUGUGCUUUGUUUGGUUUUAAUUUAGUAUGUAUGAAACCAGACAUUGUAGAGUUGUAGUUUCAUUUUAUGACUUAGCAAAUAUAAUUGUUUUUUAUAGAAAUUAUUGUUAAAUUAUACCUGAACUCGAUUUGUGUACAACAAAAACAAUUUUGUUGAUCUUAAGCUAAAUAAGCUUUACUAAUUUAACUGUGUUGCCUUUAAAAAUAGGAAAUGUUACUGAAUAAACUUGCUUAUGUCCUUCGAAAUACAUGUACAGUUCCAGACAGAAACAUUUAUAAAUAUUUAACAAAAUCAUCAAGUUUUUUUUUCUAAGGCUUGUGUUUAUAAAAAAACAACACAGUGAUACAGUGGUUUUAGAGUAAAAACUAUUGUCAGAAAAAUAAAUGACAUUCCACUUUUUUUAAAAUUAAAAAUGAGAAGGUGGCAAAAGUAAGGAAGGGGAAAGCAAUAAUUAUCACUGAACUAACUUGCCCUAGCAUGCAUUUAUUUCAUUUGGAUGCACCCUUCUCCAAUUGGUAUAAUGGAUGGGAAGGGACAAAGAAACAUAUGCCCACACAUCAAAGACAAAAUUACUGCUUUACAUUAAGGCAUUUAUGUUCCCAGCCAGAUUAAUCCUUUAAAAGAGAGUAACAACAAUUGCAAUCAUCCAUCUUUUUAAAUCAUGGCUGUUUGAUGUAGUCAUGGCUUUAACUAACAACCACAGAUUUCAUACCAAAUGUCAGGUUUAUAGCAAUCAAAUCAUUCUAUAAUUUAGUAUCAGGCUCUAGAACAUUUUGGGCUGGUAGGAACAUUUAGAGCUGCCUGAUCUAGGUUGCAUAAACCAAGUAACUAGAUGACCACUAGAUGGAAGCAACGGGUUAGGAGUUCCUAUAUCUCUUUGCUAUCAUCUAGUGGUCAUCUGGAGUUUCUCAGCCCAUAUAUGGUAACAUGGCUUAAUUUUUUUUUUAAUCAGCUGGGGAAGGGGUGAGGUGGAUUGGGUGAGGAAUGUUAAAUUCACGCAAGCACAAAAUUUAAGAGAAAAUUUUUAUAAAAUGUUUUAUAGAUGGCAUUUAGAUCCUAAAAAACUGUCAUGUAUGUAUCCAAAUGUGAAAGCAAAAUGUUGGAGAUGUGAUUGUGAGGAUGCUACCUAUUAUCAUAUAUGGUGGACUUGCAAAAAAGUUAAAGCCUUUUGGAUUAAAAUAUGGU